AAUCGAUACUCUUCGCGAGUAUCGUAAUUUUUCGAUCCCACCUCGGUAUCGCUGGUAUCGACCAUUUGGUAUCGGUAAUCGGCGGAUCCCUCUUCUCUAGGCAGCGACCAACAAUACGUAUCAUGUCCACCACAAUUUAAACGGGAGUAACUAUGGUGUAAUACUACGAAAUAGAUGAAGCAAUCCACCGUCCAUCUGAGAGAACAAGUUAGUUGCUAUGAGGCCGUCGCUUUGAGCUAGUAGUCCUUGAACAUCCAGUGAAUGUUUCAAAAUGAGACACCUGCAAGAACGAGCUGCAGUAGCCCUAAAGUGUUACAUCAAACGCACCUUACGCAGUUACGGAACAGGAUCCAAAAAGAUUGAACUCACUAGUACCAGGUAUCCAGGGCUCAAAAGAGGACAAUAUUCGGAGGUAACAGACGAAGAUGUUAGAGCUUUUGAGACUUUCAUUCCUUCAAGAGUUGUUACAAAUCCAGAUGAAAUAUCACCUCACAAUGUUGACUGGCUUAAAAUGGUCAGAGGAACAAGUAAAAUACUACUGAAACCAAAAACUACAGAGGAAGUUUCCCAGAUCCUAGCGUAUUGCAAUUCACGCAGAUUAGCUGUAGUCCCUCAGGGUGGAAACACUGGAUUAGUUGGUGGCAGUGUGCCAGUGUUUGAUGAAAUUAUAUUAUCCACAUCAUUAAUGAAUCAAGUAUUGAGCUUUGACCAUGUUUCAGGUAUCCUUGUCUGUCAGGCUGGUUGUAUUUUAGAGUCACUGGACAAAUUAAUGGAAGAUCAAGGUUUUAUCAUGCCAUUGGACUUGGGAGCAAAAGGAAGUUGUCAUAUAGGUGGCAACAUUGCAACAAAUGCAGGGGGUUUGAGACGACUGAGGUAUGGAUCCUUACAUGGCAAUGUUCUCGGGCUUGAAGUGGUUCUUCCAGAUGGCACAAUACUUGACUGUCUUUCGUCAAUGUUAAAAGACAAUACAGGGUAUGACCUAAAACAGCUGUUCAUUGGAUCAGAAGGCCACCUGGGUAUAAUAACAACUGCUUCAAUCCUGACACCACCCAGACCCAAGGCUGUCAAUGUCACUUUUCUUGGUUGCACCACCUUCUCUGAUGUUCUUAGUGUGUACAAACUGGCAAGGAGUAUGUUGGGGGAAAUUCUGUCAGCCGUCGAAUUUCUUGAUGAUUUUUGCAUGAAUCUUGUGGAAACAAAGCUUGGUCUUCAUAAUCCCAUCAGUAAGCAGCCAUUUUAUGUGUUGAUUGAGACUUCAGGCUCAAACAACUCCCAUGAUGAAGAGAAACUUAGUUUUUUUCUGGAAAAACUUAUGUUUGAAAAAAUUGCAAGGGAUGGAAUUCUGGCAACAGAUUUGUCAAAGUUAAAAGACGUGUGGGAUAUACGUGAAAGAAUAGCAGAGGGCCUGACACAUUCUGGAACAACUUACAAGUAUGACUUGUCAAUCCCUCUGCCAAAAAUGUAUGAGCUUGUGUCACAUAUGAGAGAAAGACUUGGUGACCUGGUGACUAAUUGUGUUGGAUAUGGCCACCUUGGAGAUUGUAACUUACAUUUGAAUCUCACAACACCAGAGUUCAGUGAACAAGUGUUAAAUUCCAUUGAGCCUUAUGUUUAUCAGUGGACAGCAAAACAUGGCGGGAGCAUCAGCGCGGAGCACGGCCUAGGAUUCAAGAAAGCCAAUUACAUACAUUAUUCAAAAUCAUCAACAUCAGUGGAUCUAAUGAAAAACAUCAAACAACAUCUGGAUCCUAAGGGAAUUCUGAAUCCUUACAAAGUUCUUCCUCGGUGACAGCAAUAAAAUUGGCUUGUGAUAAAUAAAUGCAAACUAGCUUCAACUUGGCGGACACAAACCAAUGACCUUCUCAGCUAACUGUGAAUGGGUUUGUUUUAAAUAUAAAAAGAAGAUCUUUAAGUUAAUUUAUAGUCUACCGUUUUAUACAUGAGCCUCUGGCUCGG